AUGGCAAUUCCAAGCCACAUGGUGCCUUGCAACCCGGGCAGCUGCGGACAUCCAUCCCUCUGCGCCCGACCAUGCAUCUACAUGGCCAAGAACGGUGCGUGUCAUGUGGAGGGCUGCAAUUUCUGCCACAUGACUCAUGAUGUACCGGUCAUGAAGCUGAACCAGAGGCAGCGCUAUGUCUUGCAGCGGCUCGAUGUGAAGGAGAAACUGGACCUGAUCCUCGCAGCUGCUCGGGCAGGGCUUCAGCGAGAAGGUCUCACGUAUGAGGCUGGCAGU